AUGGCACAAGGCAAUGAAAUGCACCCAAGAAAUCCUUAUAGGGACAAACCCCCUGAUUUCAAAGCACUAGCCAUAGAGUAUCCAGAGUUUCGAAAAUUUUGCCAAUAUGUGAGUAAUGGAAAAGUUACAUUAGAUUUCCGAAAAGAUGCUGCUGUCCGAUGUCUCACACAAACUCUGCUGAAAAAAGAUUUCAGUCUGAAUGUUAAUUUACCGGCAGGACAUCUAGUUCCACGAGUUCCUCAGAAAUUGAAUUACUGUCUGUUGAUCGACGACAUUCUUCAAGCGAAUUCAAUAACAAGCAAUGUAGUUGGAAUCGACAUUGGCACAGGCACAUCCUGUAUUCAUGCAUUAAUUGGUGCUCGUCAUUUUGGUUGGAAGUUUGUGGCAACAGAUGGAGAUGAAAAUUCGGUUCAAGUCGCUCAUGAGAAUGUUGCAAGAAACGAAAUGGGCGACUCGAUUUGUGUAGUUCAUGUGAAUCCAGCCGUUAAAACCGUUUUAAUGGAUGUGAUCAACUCGAUGCCGGACAGUGAAUUCAGUUUCUGUAUGUGUAAUCCACCAUUCUUCGAAAAGUCAGACAAAGAGGAAAGGUUUUGCGAAGAACCAUCGCUGUCAAAUGAGACUUACUCGAAUAACUUUGAUUUUGACAUGAGAUCUGCGCCACACUCCGAAACGAUCGCCUCGUCGGCUGAGUUAUAUGUAGAAGGAGGUGAAGUGGCUUUUGUGAAUCGAAUCAUUGAUGACAGUGUUUGCUUGCGAGACAGAAUCAAAUUCUACACAACAAUGAUAGGCCGGAAAUCGAGUUUGAAGCCAUUACUGCAAAGACUUGAGAGAUUCGGGGAGAACGUUAAGUUUCUGGUUCAUCCACUGAAUCAAGGAAAGACGAAACGGUGGAUGCUAGCUUGGACGUUUGCAAAAGAAAUGACUUUGAAUACAGCAUUGAAAAACAGCUCCAUUUCGUUUCAAUGCCCGAAACCUGGUCUGGUCAAACUUAUGCAAGAAAUAUCCCGAUUAGGGGGCCGCUGGAGUCAAGAACAACCUUCUGUAUUAGUUGCUGAAUUCAAGAGUGUGACAUGGACAAACCAAAGAGCAAGGAGGAAAGCGAACGCAUUGUUAUUUGAAAAUUCCGCUAAGCGAGCGAGAUGGAAUACAUCAAGUGUCGCAUGUGAAGCAAUGAUGGGUAAUGGAGACGGAAAGGAUUCAUACACCAAUUCUGGCAACUUCGUAUACUCAGAAUCGUUCAAAACUAGUGACCCAGCGGCGGUUGAAACCUCUUCACAGGCAUAUUUCCCUCUACCAUCUGGUGUUACUCCACGACCUAUUGUUAAAUUGAGGAUUCAAGUCGAUCCAGACGAUAAAUGUGAUACACUUUCUUUUGAGUUAAUUUCAGGAGCAAAACAGCACCUUCACCAAAUAGUACAAUACCUGAAAAAUCUUCUUUGUCGGUAG